CUACUAUAUAACAAAUAAUUUGAGUCAUGUCCGCAGAAAAGAGCGCCGAGAUUCCCAAAACGGAAGCUGAAAUAGGAUUAAUAAAGAUAGAGAAAGUCGACUCUACAGAGGCUGUGGACAUGGAAACGGACAGUGUUGCUCCGGAAGAAGAGAAAGUCAGAUUAGAGAAAGAGGUACAAGCUUUAGAGGAGGAGCAGAAAAGAAUCGAGCAGAACAAAGAACGAGACGAGGUAGAAAAGAAAGCGGAAGAGAUCACGAAACUGAUAAACCCAGAUAAUGACAGUUCAGAUGAUGAACACGUGACUAAUGUUCCUUCUGAGAGUCAUGUUGAGCCGGAGCCUCCUAAAGUUCCUUUCUGGGAUUUUGCCCUGUCCCACCUGCUAGUUGGGCUGGGCACCCUCAAGAUAGAGGAAUUUAGUGUUUACUGUGGGAGUUGUCAGAAGAAGAUGGAGCUGGACACGCUAAAGAUCCACCUCGAGGGAGACGGACAUAAACUCAACACUUUGUGGAACUAUGAUAAAUCUCUAGCUGAAGUAACAGGAGAACUGAGAUCAUAUCCCCACAAGUUUGAGAUGGAAAUGUUCAAGCAUAUCACCAUGCUGAAUAGAAUGGAGAAGCGUUACGACGUCGCCCCAGAGGUAGCAACAGUUGUGCGGGACUUGUACAAGGGGGACGAUAAUAAGGAAAAAGAGACGAGUGAGGAGGAAGAGAUAGUUAAAAUAUCCACUAUUAGUCCUGAGGAACUGGCUGAGAUUAAAGCUGAGUUUAUUGGAUCCUUCCCGAAUGCAGAUGAUGCUAUACUCGUACAACAAGCCUUGAUGGGGGAGCUGGAAGGAUUUAGCAGCGAAAGUAGCGCUCAGUCCGCUCUUAGGAUAGCGGGUAUGCUGGGUAAGAUGAUCAGCGCUUAUCAACGUAGACAUUUUAAGGAUGGCUAUAAGGUAAAUGAGGAGUGUAUAAGAGACAUUAAAGGACAGUGCGGUAAACUUCUUAAGGGAAUAGACGAGGCUAAGUUACAAUCACAGAUUCCUCACUGAGGGUGAACACUUUAUCCUACAUGUAUCCUACGUGUAUCCUACAUGUAUCCUACAUGUAUCCUACGUGUAUCCUACGUGUAUCCUACGUGUAUCCUACGUGUAUCCUACGUGUAUCCUACGUGUAUCCUACGUGUAUCCUACGUGUAUCCUACAUAGUAUCCUACAUGUAUCCUAAGUGUAUCCUACAUGUAUCCUACGUGUAUCCUACGUGUAUCCUACGUGUAUCCUACGUGUAUCCUACGUGUAUCCUACAUGUAUCCUACAUAGUAUCCUACAUGUAUCCUAAGUGUAUCCUACGUGUAUCCUACGUGUAUCCUACGUGUAUCCUACGUGUAUCCUACAUAGUAUCCUACAUGUAUCCUAAGUGUAUCCAACAUGUAUCCUACGUGUAUCCUACGUGUAUCCUACGUGUAUCCUACGUGUAUCCUACAUAGUAUCCUACAUGUAUGUAUCCUACAUGUAUCCUAAGUGUAUCCUACGUGUAUCCUACGUGUAUCCUACAUGUAUCCUACAUGUAUCCUACAUAGUAUCCUACAUGUAUCCUACAUGUAUCCUUAAUCCUACAUGUAUCCUACGUGCAUCCUUCAAUUCAGUGCUACUCACCGGCCAACCAUGGUAUCCAGACAUUAUUCUGUUUCUUAUUAUUAUUUCUCUAAUUUGUAAAUUCAGCCAAAUCUGAGUGCUUUCCGUUGCCUGCUUGCUUUUUUAUUUUACAGCUACCUAGAUGACAGCUGAGCUCCAAAACCCCAAGGAAGUUAUGAGUUUUAAUGUUAAGGCCGGUCAUUGGCACCCAGGUGAUUAGUUGAAGUCCUUGAUAAGACCAAUAACACGGUGCAUCUACUUUACUCAGUUAGUUACAGUGUGACAAUAAGAAGAGACAUAACAAUGAGAUCAAUUUCACAUCUCUAAUUUAAUUAUUUGUUUAAUUAUUUAAAUUCUCUUUAGUUGUAACAACAAUGACCUUUGUUUAUUUCUGUUCAGAACAAUAGAAGUGCAGUUCACUGUUAACAUUGUUAAACUGGCGGCAGUAUCCAGAUAGCCAAACUGGCUUAUGAUGUUACAUCAUAGUGUUGUCUGUUGAAAUUUGAGUUUUGUACCACCAGAUGGUACUGUGACGGGUACUAUGACGUAUUUAUGACGUAUUCAUGACGUACUUUCAAGUUUUAAAUUAUUUAUCUGUUGUUGCAAUGUUAUUCAGUAUUGAACAAUCUGUUGUCAG